AUGUCAGUCCCUCCAGCGCCAAAAAAAUCAAGAAGAAAUGAAAGCAAUAUGAUUGAGGAAGACUCAGUUAUUUGUGACGACGAUAAUGACGAUUCAUCGUGUACAAUGUAUUUUGUAAAACUUCCUGAUGGAAAACCGACAGAACAAGAGGACGAAAACUUUUUAGAUGCUUAUAAUAUAGCGAAGGAUUCAGGAGUUAUGCCAGAAUGGAUGGAUUCUGAAUCAUUGGAUCGCAUUCAGUCUUCCGAUGAUUUUUUCAUCCUCGAACUAUACCAAAAAAUUGGUUGGAUGUGUGGAAUAGCGAGUGGUGAUCUGUACCACGAGACGACACACUUAUUGGCAAGUAGAGCAGAGCAAACGAACAAAUACAAAUCCGCCGUGAGCAAUUCAGUAAAGUUGAUGCGAAAAGAAUGGGUUGAGGAACUAUGGGAGACGUCACAAACUACAAUGGGAAAAUUCAGUGCUCUGAGCAGAGAUGCGGUUAAUUCAUAUAGAUUGAGAGUUUUUGAAGGACUCGAAAUGGCAAUCACUUCAAUCGAUGGAACUGAUCGCGCCAACUUGAUGCAAUUGGUAGAAGAACAUGGUGGAAAAGUAUAUGGAAACAUGUCGAAACCUAGAUGUACUCAUUUGAUUUCCGAUAAAACAUCUGGCAAAAAAUAUACAAAAGCAGUUGAAUGGAAAACAAUCAAAAUCGUACAAACGAGAUGGAUUCGAAAAUGUAUUGACUUGGGUCAUCUUAUCGAUGAGACAAAGUAUCACCCCAAAUACCUUACCGCGGAACAUAUGCGAUCUUCAACUCCAAAAAAAAACACAACUGUCAAUGAAAGUGUACCAGAUGUAUCUGCAAUUUCUGGGAAUGGAGGACGCCUCUGUACAUCUUCAUUCAAUGUGUCUUCUGCGAUGACACCAGUGGAUAAAUCUAGUCGCAGACAAUCAGGAUCAUAUGUAUCAACCACUUCCACUUCCAUUGUUGCAUCCACAACUAUAAUGAGUACUGAUAUAACGAUUGGACGAACUUCUGCAGCAAGAAAACAUGAUCAAUUCUCAACUCCACUUGCUCGACAAAGUUCCAUUCCGCUUGCUCGUAUUCCCACUACUCAGAGUAUAUCAACCCAAGAUCCGGCAGAUAGCGCUCUAGAUCCGAUUGAUGAGUUACGAAAACUAAUUGAUGAAGGACACAGUGAUUUGUUCGAAAAUUGCCUGUUUUAUAUAUGUGGAGUUGAUGAGAAACGAAUGGAAAAGUGGAGAAGAUUUUUGAAUGAAACUGGAGCCACUCGAGCUCCGAAAUUCGAAUCAGCCACAAAUGUUGUGGUCAUUGCUCCGAAUCAACAAGAACGAAUGGCAUUAAGAAAGUUCAUGCAGCAGGAAGAUAUAGCUAUAGUUACGGCCCAAUGGGUUGUGGAAUGUGUAAAACGUCGAACUAUGGUACCCGCAGAUGGUUUUGUAUGGACAGAAAAUAUAAUGGAUGAAAGCCAAUGGCAAUCUCAGAAUGAUGAUUAUGCUCAAACUGGAAUGUCACAGCCAAACAAAACUUCAAGCAUCGAGUUCAUUUUUGCAAAUCACACCUACGGAGUGCAUCCAUCAUCGUUCGGAAGAGACGACGCCAAAAAACUGAGUGAGAAUAUUCGAGAAUUGGGAGGACAGAUUGAGCGAACUCUGGAAAAAGCGGAAUUCGUUGUUUUUGGACACUCUGCAACGAUGCACGAGCUGUUAGUUUAUGACACAGUUGUCACCGAUUUUUACAUUGAUUCUUGUCGUACGGAAGGAUACCGCGCAGGUCCAAAGAAGCAUCCGCUUUUUGUUCCACUUCCAAAACCUCCAAUUCAGAUUUUCAGUCAUUGUAGAUUUUUCUUGAUAUGCUCUCUCUCCUCUCACUCGCAUUUAUGCAAAUAUGUGGGAGCUAUCAUCAGAACAAAUGGAGGCGCUGUCAUUGAUGAGAUGGAUUCAAAAGCGUAUAAAAUCAUGAUUACUAAAGGACCCAUCGAUGAACCUCAACAUCGCGCUCGUACUGCAGAUUACUCGUGGAUUAUAGCCAGUGUCAGCCGUGGUAGUCUCCUUCCAAUCAAUAAUUAUCUAUAUAAAGAGAAUGCCGAACCUCUGUUGAACUUUCAAAGAGAUGAUGAUGUAUGGAUGAAAAUUCAAGAAAGAGAUACCACGGAAGAAUUGGAACAAGAAAUAGAAGAUAGACAUAAAGUUCAAGAUAAACCAGUUCAAACAAGAGAAGGAAAAAAAACUGAUUUGAGUACUCCAUACGUGAAUCCCUAUUUUCCUGAUCUUAGGAAGCCAUAUAAGAUGAACCUCAAUCUAGAUAAUGCCAAUGAGUAUAUUGAUAAUAUGGAGUCGCCAGCACGAGAUACUCAAGAAUCAAUUACCAACUCCCGGGUCGGGAGUAUUCUGCGGAAAGCUGUUAUAAACACUGGUCGCAGAACAGAGAAGGAGAAUGAACCAGCAACUUGUCAAGUGCUGAACUCAAGAGUCGCAAUGACAGAGAAUAGAAGAACAGUGUCUAGUACUCCUGUUUUAGUCAGAGAAAUAGAUCGUGCUGCACGAUAUAUGGCGAUGGACGAGUCUUUUGCUGAACAGAAUCAAGAACACGAGGAACUGAAUCGACAGUACGCCAUGCAACCACGUUUCUUGCUCAGCGUUUCUAGCAUGAACCCGCAGGAAAUACAAGAGCUUCAAGAAGCCAUCAAACAACUGGGUGGACGUAUCGAAAAAGAAUAUAAUAGAGAUGUUACUCAUUUAAUCGCUAGCAAUAUGCAAAGAACUCCAAAAGUUCUCUGCUCGAUCGCUGCCGGAAAAUGGUGUCUAACACCGGAUUAUGUUACUCAAAGUACUGCUUCUGGCCGAUGGGUCGAUGAAAAACGAUUUGAGUGGUCUUAUGAUAAGCUACCAAAAGUAUCAGAGAAAGAAAACCAUCCGAAAGAUCGCGAUAAUCGAAAAAUCCUGGAAAAAUUAGUGUCUGUCUGUAGAUUGUGGCGAACCAAGAUUGAGCAGAUGCCUAUCACUUCGUCUGUUAGUAUGGAGUCUCGUGUGAAUGGUGCUUUUACUGGUUGGCGAUGUGUUAUACAUGAAGAGGACAAGAAAACUCUACAAGUAGCGAGUAUACUGGAGGCUGGCGGAGCAGUUGUUUAUUACAUCUCCGAAUACAUCCAGAUUUCAUCAAUUAAACCUAAUAGAGUUUUUGCAUUCAAAGAUUUCAAUUGGAACAUUCAGAGUGCGGCGAUGUUGAAGCGGGACAACAUGCCGCUCUACAUCAUCGAAAUAAUAUACGAGUAUCUCGUCGACAAGGAUAACUUGGAUUACGCGUCAAAGUAUCAUCUGGUGGUCAGUACGAUGGCAGAAGUGAUCACAUUAUCUGAUGAUGACGACGACAUCAUCGAUAUAACACCGAAACCAGCCCCAGAUGUACUCAGAACCAGCACUUCCCUGAACCAAGUUGAUAACAGCCUUGGCGCAACUGCACAUAUCUCCACAGUUUCGAAGAUCAAUUUGGAACAAUUCGGAAUCAGGACGCUAGCGAAUGUGUUAGGCAGAAACCAGUCAAGCAGUCAAAAUGCAGGAUUUAAUCCACUUCAAAGUUAUGCACUUCCACCAGUUAUCGCUCACACGAGCUUCCAAAAUUCUAUUCCAAGAGCAUUGAAAAGACCAUCGCCAUCUCCAGCCGUUCCCAAUGUUUCUCAUCAAUCUACUCCAUCCCUAAGACAACGAAACAGUCAGAAUACAACAGUUCCAGCAGUCUAUAACGGACAUUAUAUGUUUGAGGCAACAGAAGGCUAUGAGCCAUCUCGACGUUCUUCUCGAUUCAGCACAAAGAAGCUUGAAGGGCAGUUUGUGUGUUCUUUCAACGCUGCGAAGUGUUAUAAGCUAUGUGACAGCGUUGUGGGAUUCAUUAAUCAUUUAUGGUCACAUAUAGUUUAUGAUCCACCAUUCAUACCAAGAAAGAAAAAAGAAACACAGACACAAGUUCGAAUACCGAGCAAUUUUCACGAUACUGCCGCUCUCUCCAAAUGGAGUGUUCUUGCAUUGAAGAAAAUUAGAACCUGCGAGUAUUGUCAAGCAGUUUUCAAAACCAUUUACUUGAUGCACCAACAUCGUUCCAAAUGUCAUUUUGAUCAGGACAAGACAAAGACGAUAUGUAACAUCUGUGAAAUUAAUUUCGAAAGCACAUCGAUUCUCGAAGCACAUAAGAGGAAACACAUAUCAGGCGAAGCUCCAUAUAAAUGCAAGAAAUGCAACUACCGAACAUCAGUUAGAGCUUAUUUCUAUGAACAUUUCAUUGAAAGACACAUCAAUGAGACACUCGUUUGUCCAAUCUGCUUGUAUCAAGAAGAAUUGCGACCAACAGCUCGUCGGAGUAAACAUAUUUUCGUCAAUUCAUUCGUGGAACAUAUGCAACGUCAUUCCACUAGUGCGCAGUAUCGUUGCCAUAUGUGUUCACUGACAUUCAAUGAUCGUGCUUCUCUUGAUUACCAUCGAGGUCAAGAUCACACUCUUCUGGACCCUCUUUGGCAGGUUCAUGAACGUCCGAAGAUUCAUGAAAAAGUAGAAGUAGAGCGCAUGUCGAACCCUAAGAAAAUCAGUAUCCUGCAGAAGAAAUUUCUUCAAACUCCAGAAGGACAUCGUAUUAGUAACGAAGUGGCAUGUGAUGAAGACGAAGAACGACAGGGAUAUGAUCUAACUUGCACUGGAAAUACGUUGUUCGAAUGUGAAUGCGGUUUUAGUUCAUGGAAUGGAAAUCGUGCUGCAUCACAUUACCAUAGAUGUCGGAAGACUAUUAAGUGUGUUUUCAAGGAUAUCGAACGAGACAAAGGAUUGAUAAGAAACGACGGCGAUCCUAAAGAUGAGCUUGACAUUUUUGCUGUGUAUCCCCAACCGACGUUACAAGAAGAAGAAGCUGAAGCUCUUCAAGAAGCUGCUCUUCAAAAGCUGCAUCUAAAAAAAGACGCACCUAUCAAACUCCGCACAGAUACAAUAGUUUAUCCCGAAGAUGAAGACUUUCUGUUACUGAAAGUGUUCUCGACCAACAAAGAAUCUGAUGCCAUAAUUGCACGAUGUAUUGCAAGCAUCGUCACCGAGGGUGACUGA